GAGACGUUUGUGUUUCACCAGUUCACUGUGUUGAAAGGGUGCGAGUGAGAGAGCAGUAAGAGAGCAGAGGGUGCGCCGAGGGUGUCCCGUCACACCCGCAUGUUCAGUCUUCGGGGUGUACAGCUGAUCGUCAGUUCUGGGACCCUACAUAGAACACCCUGUGCUAAGGUGAUCGCACAUGUCGAAUGAUCCGGAUGUUACCUCGGAUCUGACUCAAAAUUAGCCGGAUUGUUGAAUUCAAUCAUGUCAGCGAUGUCACGGUGAUAGGCUUUCGAAAAACCCGUGGGGAAACUUUUCUUCAUUCGCUUUCCACCCCCACCCUCUUCUAUCCGCGACGGUGACUCGUUUGGUGUAAAACGGAUGCUGCUAAAAAUAUUAACUAUGCGGGGUGAAUCUCUUCGUUUCGUCGACCUUUUAUUCACGUAAUUGCCGAAUGUCGUUGGACGUCGCGACGUUGGGGUCAACGAAGGGUGGACCUGAAGAAGCGAUAGGACUACCUAGUCAGCCGUAGUUUGCGACGGGCUCGUGUAUAAUGGCCAACGAAACGAUACUCAAACCUUACAGAACAACGUUACCAGUUCCGGGACAUUCAGAAGUAAAUCUUUGUUCGGUGCUGUCACUGGGCAAGGAUCUCAGCAAGAUCACCAUGCCGGUCAUUUUCAACGAGCCGCUUUCUUUUCUUCAACGCGUCGCCGAAUACAUGGAGUACGCUAAGCUACUAAAACAAGCAGCUCAAGAAGAGACUCCUGUUGGAAGGCUGCAGUACGUUGCUGCUUUUGCUGUCAGCGCUUUGGCUUCAAACUGGGAAAGACUUGGCAAACCCUUUAAUCCGAUUCUGGGAGAGACAUACGAGUUGGAGCGCGAGGACUUCCGGAUAGUUUGCGAGCAAGUUUCCCACCAUCCACCGGUUUCCGCUUUCCACGCGGAUAGCGAGGACUUUGUUUUCCACGGCAGCAUACAUCCGAAAUUAAAAUUCUGGGGCAAAUCGAUAGAAGUGCAUCCAAAAGGCAUUGUCACCGUCGAACUUCCCAAAUGGAAGGAAGCUUACACUUGGCAGAACAUCAACUGCAUACUUCAUAAUGUCCUCGUCGGCCAAUUAUGGAUGGAGCAACUUGGCUCUCUGGAGAUCAAACAAAGUGGAGGAGCAAACCUGAAGGCAUCUCUUUCUUUCAAAAGUGCCAGCUGCAAUGGCAAGGAUCUUCAUCGAGUCGAAGGUUUCAUAACGGAUCAAGACAAAAGGAAAUUGUUGUUCCUUUAUGGAAAAUGGACAGAUAAAAUGAAGGUGUGCGAUCCUGCGUCGUACGAAGAAGCUUUGGAGAAGGUGAAACGAGAAGCGAAAAGUCCUCAGGGAAGUCCAGGACAUAAGAAAGUAUUGGCGAAAUUGCACAGUCUUAAAGUAGGAGCAUUUAAGCCUUCGCACCAGGAUGCAAUUGAUGAUCCAUCAGCAAGUAUAGACGGAGAAGAUAUACCAACGAUCGACGACAUUCCUGGAUCCGUUACCCUCUGGGAGGCUGCUCCAAGACCGCCUAACAGUGCAGACUAUUAUCAGUUUACAACGUUUGCAAUGGCGUUAAACGAGCUAACACCGGAAUUGGAAAAGUUAAUAUGUCCGUCGGAUUCGAGAUUAAGGCCGGAUAUCAGGAAAUUGGAAAAUGGCGAUCAUGAUGGAGCAGCGGCUGAAAAAUCAAGGCUGGAGGAGAAGCAACGAGAAACGCGUAAAGCUCGAAAGCACAAGAAAGGCCAGGAAUGGACGCCGAGGUGGUUCCAAUUAGCCAUUAAUCCAUACUCAGGUCAAGAGGACUGGCUCUACCAAGGAGGAUAUUGGGACCGCAAUUACGUCAAUAUGGAAGAUAUAUUUUAAUGAACGUGAAGAUCUUUAAGAGAUACGGUAACAAGUAUUCAAAGAGAAGCAAAGAAAUAUAAACUCGCGUAUCCUGGCGAGGAUUGUUCAUACAAAUUGUUGACAGAUCGUGUUUGGAAUUAAACUGGUUCUUUCUUUUCUUUCAAAUUCUUUGAAUUUUUUAAAUUAUAUUUUAAAUGAUUCGAAGAAAUUUUUCUGAAUUUUAUUCGUUUAUUGUGAAUGUAAAAUUUGUAUGAUAACAUGAUCAAUUGCCAAGGAAUCAUGCGAGAAUCCAGGAUAAAUAGAUGCGAAACUUUUGUACACAGCUUCAAAUGGCACAUCGUGUGUUUUAUACAAGUUUUUUUUUGCUAAUGAUACUAAUGAAUUUGUCAUAAUUGAAAGGCAAAGCGUUUGAUUACCAGAGUGAAAAGGUCAUGUGCACUGAGAUAUAUUAUAAUUACUUUAUUUUUCUAUUCAAGUUUAUCACUUUUUACCUUGAGAAAAUGUCACUUAACAAUUUUAUCUCCACUUUUACUUAUUUUUCUUUUUUCUUUUUUCUUUUUCAUGAGAAAUCCUCGUUAAACUCGAAAAGUCUUACAACGCGAUAAAAGCGAUCUUUCGCCGAAGAAAGGUUCGUUUCGAAAAAAAAUCAAGAGACCGUAAGCUUACGCCUCGUAGCUGAAUUUCGUAUGCAGGUCGUACGCGCGUAUCUCUUUUUAGACAAUUUAAACUCGAGUACUUUAGCGUUAAUUAGGCAAUGAGACGGGAGAAUACGACGAAUCUGUCGCCUCUCUGAAACUCCUCGUUGAGUUUUGAACAAAGCUUAGAUAAGGAAGAUCGCGGAAUCCUAAGAUAAAACCGCCUACAGUUCAAUGUGUAAAAUCUGUACGUAAAGUCUCAAUGAGCGAACGUUUUUCCUUUUCUCGCGUCGUUCGUAAAACGCUGUGAAACACUUGGAUUUCACCGACGAUAAACAUAAAGCACGAAGUCCAUCCGUUAGUUGACACUUUUCCUGUACAUACCGUGGAAAUACGAUCGGCGUGAAUUUUUUAUAACACACACGUACACGAAAGCACAGAGACACAGAACAAAUACGGCGAGACGAUGAACACUUCCGUUCGAUUUCCUUGCAAGAACAAUACCUGGUGAAAAUGCGAGCGGAUCUGAAUUUCAACUUUAAUUUAGAACAUUUGCAUGAAGGAAAGUUGUUAAAUUCUAUUGCUUCUCAACAAAAUGUGUCAAAGUCCGCUCCCUCUCCAUUCUUAUCACCUUUACGCGAUCCGAAUCAUUUUAACCAGGAAUCGAAAGAAACACGAGAGGUUGUACCUUUCUCACAUACAUACAUACAUACAUAUAUUCGUUCUUACGAUUACGCGUAGUUAUGAGAUCUCUUCUGACACUAUUUUUAUAAAAGGAUGAAAAAGAAGAAGAAAGCAGGCUGGUCGAAUGCUAAGCCGAACUCUCCUAUCCGAGUACUGAUACAUUAGCUUGACGAUAGGUUUCUGUACAUACAAUGACUGUACUAUAUACACUUGUAUCUAGGUAUAAUAAUUUAGAACAGUGAUGAGCAACCAUUUUUCUCUGUAUCAGGCACAAAACUAAAAACUUAACUACACUUAAAGAAAAGAAAACAAAAAAACAAAAAAACAAAAAGAAACUUAAAUUUGCUACUUAAAAAAUUGUCGAUGUAUAGAGUGGAUAAAUAAGUAAUACGUACACUUGAUAAAUACAUAUAUUUAAAUAAAAUAAAUGAACAUAGAGACGCUUUUUCAAUGCUAUCUAUGGGACUGUUUUUUAGCAAAAAAAUUUACAGACACCGAAGAUCGCUUUUUACAAUCUUCAAUUUUGAAAAUACAUGCUAGCGGGUAAACUAAUUUUCUACCUGGCAUAAUUUUUCUAAACGCGGCUCGGAGGUUGUUCAUCACCUUAGGACGAUUAUACGCACGGGAAAAACAUUAGCGGCCAAAAUAGUGGCCAAGUUAGCUCAACAAUUCCGCAACCAGGCAUCGAACGAGCAAUACUAGUUAUCGUUGCUAUUUUCGUAACAUCAUUUAUUUUCACGUUCGUCGCUUUCGUCGGCUUUUCGAAAUUUUUUAGAACGUCUGUUUCCUAUUUAAAGGCGAAGAACGAUCACCCUAAAACGAUUCCACUUUUAACCCUUUCGCUAUUAAGGGUGACUAUAAUCAAUUGCACACAAUAAAACAGAAGAAAAUGGAAAAAUAAAUAUAAUUAUAUAUAAACUGCAAAAUAAAUAUUACUCUAUAAAAUAUUGUCGUAGCGAAAGGGUUGAAUGGUAAAUGAUAGACCGCUUGACCGAAAAUUAAACGAUGCAGACCCACGAUAUUUGAUACUUAAUGGUGCCAAUGAUUAAUAUGGUAAUUGCUUCUCCAAAGUGUAUCACCAGGUGGACACAGACCUCUGCCAGCUUGAACCGUAAUAAAUAGAACUUAGUUUGGCUUAUCGUUAGCGUGUAAGCAUCACCAGAUCGUGAUAGUAAUUGAUUAACGAUUCGUCUAAUCGAAAAUACAAGGGACAUUUAGGCCAGUACGAGAUCAACCACGCUCAUCGCUUUCAAAUUCAUCAAAUCUUAGAGAAUUUACGUGAUCAUCUAAAUGUGUUGCUUCGUAGACGAUCGCGUAUCGAAACUUCCAAAGAAACACCGAAUAUAAAGUGAUAACAAUUAAUAGGUGUACGUGUGUAUUUAUAGUAUAUGUCUGUAUUAUGUGAAACAAUACACUUCAUUCGUUUUAAGUUCAUUAUCAUAUUGACUGUCCAUACCUGAUCAUUUACAUUUAUCGAAGAAAAUUUAAUCAAUUGAUAAUAUCAGGAAAAAUUUAAUUUGAUUUGCUUAAUUUAAAAUAUAGAAGUAUGAUUUUUGUCAGAGGUGGAUUGUUUAAUUAACAUAAAUAUUAAAUACUUCUAUACGAAGUUACAGCACACAAAUGUGAGUUAGAAUUCCAUAGUAUUAUCGCAAAGUAAAUGCAAUGUAUAGAUUGUACACAUAUAGGAAUUGACUUGUGCGCAAUAAAGAAACAUCUUUACGCUUCCGUA